AUGGCUAGUCAUAUCUCAACCAUUUACAACCCACAAAUCGGUGUAGAAAUGGAAGAAGGCGGAGUUCAAAGACGUGUUCAAUCCACACCAGCAGCAGCAACAGAAGCUGCUAAUGAUGCCGAGGCGGCUAUGAUGUACUGCCGUGAUGAGAUUUUACCUCAAUUGGAUUCAAUUGAUCAUUACGUUAUUCGACCCGCACUGGAAUUCCAAGAAAUCGUCAAAGUGAUUUCAAAAACCAUUGUUAAACGAAACCAUAAACUGAUAGACUAUGAUCGUCAUCGAGUCAGUCUCAAUAAGUUAACUGCGAAAGCAGAACGUACUUUGAGUGAAGAGAAAUCCAUUUUUAAAGUCCAAAGUCAGUUGGAGACUGCAACCCAAGAUUAUGAUUAUCUGAACAAUGCUUUGAAGGCUCAAUUACCCGCCUUUUUCCGUUUACAAUAUGAAUUUAUUCAACCAAUUUUUGAGCACAUGUUCCAUCUUCAGUGCAAAAUAUUUGGUAUGAUUUACGCUCGUUGUUAUGAGUUAUUGACAGCCAACGAAGCCCAUUUUGUGACACAUGCAAUGUCUGUGGAUGAAGGGUUCAGGUGGAGAAUAGCCCAGUUUAAUGCCCAGGCUGAAAUCGAAAAUAUGGAUUUGCUUAAAUCGGGCGGAAAAGCUUGGUUGAGUGUAUCGGGUGGUGCCAACAGCUCUAAAUUAACUUUACAAGAACGAGCGGCAAUAAAAAAUGAGAGCCCUGCGCCUAUGGCAAUAGCACAACAGCCCUAUCAGACAUAUCAACCUCAAAAACAGCAGCAGCCGCAACAUCAACUAUAUCCUUCUCAACAAGAUGAAAAGAAAUCAUAUGGACAAACGCCAAGUUAUGGACGAGCACCUUCAUAUGGUCAAUCACCACAUACUCAUGAUGAGCCUUCUGCACCUUCUUUUGGGAAGGCUCCUGCACCACAUUACGAACCCACGCCUGCACCUGCUUAUAGUCAAGCUCCUCCCUAUGAGCAUAAUCAACACCACAGUUAUGGAUCACAAAACUCGGCUGGUAGUGGUAUGGUUUCAUCUAGAACAGCCGCGCCACCACCACCACCUCCAUCAAGAAUUAACUAUGUGCUGGCACUUUAUGAUUAUGAUGCUCAGGCUCAAGGUGAUUUGUCGUUUAGAAAAGAUGAUAAGAUCGAAUUGAUAAAACGUACUUCUGAUGCUAAUGACUGGUGGACCGGUAAACUAAGAAAUAAUAUUGGUGUAUUUCCCGGUAACUACGUCUCAGAAUUAUAA